AACGGGUCGCGCGUUGAACUCUAGGCUUCAUCGUUUAGCAAGAACACUCCAGCAAAUGCGAGCCCGUCAUUGAGCUCUACUGCCUACAAUUCCCAUGAUGCUCUGCGCUGGGCUCUCGGCUGAUAAGCGUGAUAAGUUUGUGAAGGUGUGGAAGCCGCAAGUCCGGCCGAACGGGUUCGGCAGCCGGAUCUUGGACCUCCUGCGUGAGCGCGCGCCAAGACAUGGAGCAGUGAGCUCUGUGUGUGACCCCUGUCCCUGGCCGCACCCCCAGAUGGAGAAACGGGUGGAGCCGAUGCGUGUGCUGGUGACCGGAGGGACGGGUCUGGUGGGGCGCGCCAUUGAGCAUGUGGUUCGAGAGGAGGGAGGAGCCCGUGAGGGAGAAGAGUGGAUCUUCGUCUCCUCGAAGGACGCCAACCUAAUGGACGCGAAGGAGACACGGGGCCUCUUCGAGAAGCGCCGGCCUUCGCACGUCAUCCACCUGGCCGCCAUGGUCGGCGGACUCUUCCGGAACAUGAGGGAAAACCUGGACUUCUGGAGGAACAACAUCCAUAUCAACGACAACAUUCUACAGACUGCGCAUGAGAUGGGCGUGGCCAAGGUGGUGUCCUGUCUGUCCACCUGCAUCUUCCCCGACAAGACGACUUACCCCAUCGACGAGACCAUGAUCCACAAUGGCCCCCCACACAACUCCAACUUUGGCUACUCGUACGCCAAGAGGAUGAUUGACGUCCAGAACAGAGCCUAUUUCCAGCAGUACGGGCGCCGCUUUACGGCCGUCAUCCCCACCAACGUGUUUGGUCCCCAUGACAACUUCAACGUCGCUGAUGGACACGUGCUUCCCGGACUCAUACACAAGGCCUACGUCGCCCACAAAGAAGGGACUCCGCUUCAAGUUUGGGGGUCCGGCACUCCCAGGAGACAGUUCAUCUACUCAUUGGACCUCGCUCGUCUCUUCAUCUGGGUGCUGAGAGAGUACGAUGAGAUCGACCCCAUCAUACUUUCCGUGGGUGAGGAGGAUGAGGUGUCCAUCAAGGAAGCAGCCGAGUGUGUCGUCGAUGCGCUGGGGUUCAAAGGUCAGGUAGUCUUUGACACGACCAAAGCAGACGGUCAAUUCAAGAAGACCGCGAGCAACGCCAAGCUGCGCCGCUACCUCCCUGACUUCAAAUUCACACCCUUUCCUCAAGGUCAGAGCCUGAUGCGUUAACCAUGCGUCAGUGUGGGGGAACGCUUCACAGCUACCCCGGUGAAGGAGACGUGCGACUGGUUUGUGGCCAACUAUAAGACGGCUCGCAAGUGAAGAGCCGCCGCUGGUUUACGGUGCGAGGUCCUCAGGGCAGAGCCAUAGGGGACAGCAAAGAUGAGCAGAGGAGGACCACAUCCAUGUGCUGCUCAGAGCUUCAUCACACAAACUUCUCCCAGUGGCACCUGGCUCUGGUCUCCCACCAUCCAGCAGUGGGAUAUUUUGAUAAUUUUCACCCAACAAGACUGGCGGGGUGGUUCACAGCAGGGAUGGGUUUAAUUUUGUGCUUUUAGCACAUCCAAGCUUAAAUAAGAAUACAUUAUGGUAAUAAAGGCUAGUUGCACAUCA